ACACGCCUGUGAAUACGGAAGCUAAACUCAAUGUCCCUGCGGCCGUAGCGAGCGCACAGCCUAUUGGCUGGACGCGACGGAUCUGGUGCUUGUCUCCCCCCGCCUCUCUGUGACACAAUAGCGGCUCCCUCCAAGAUGGCGGCUGCGGCGGCGGAUCCGGGAGCAGGGAGCCCCCCAGCUGGCGAGUCUUGUGGCGGGGGCGGCAGCAGCACUGGUGGGCUCCCCUCUCCCGGGGAGCAGGAACUGACCCGGCGCCUACAGCGCCUUUAUCCGGCUGUCAAUCAGCACGAGACGCCGUUGCCCCGCUCUUGGAGCCCCAAGGACAAGUACAACUACAUCGGCCUCUCCCAGAGCAACCUCCGCGUCCACUACAAAGGUCAUGGCAAAAAUCACAAAGAUGCUGCAUCAGUUCGUGCAACUCAUCCCAUACCUGCUGCUUGUGGCAUUUAUUACUUUGAAGUGAAGAUUGUCAGUAAAGGGAGAGAUGGGUACAUGGGAAUAGGACUCUCAGCCCAAGGUGUCAACAUGAACAGACUGCCUGGUUGGGACAAACAUUCGUAUGGUUAUCAUGGUGAUGAUGGACAUUCAUUCUGUUCCUCGGGGACUGGGCAACCUUAUGGCCCCACCUUUACUACUGGAGAUGUGAUUGGUUGUUGCGUCAACCUCAUCAACAAUACUUGCUUCUAUACAAAGAAUGGACACAGCUUAGAAGGAAAACUCACCCAGGAAUGGAAUCAUUCUCCCCCAACAGAAAAGCAAAGGAUAUCUUUGAAAAGUAUAGCUUUUACAGACCUCCCGGCAAACUUAUAUCCCACAGUGGGCUUGCAAACUCCUGGGGAGAUCGUAGAUGCCAACUUUGGACAGCAACCAUUUGUGUUUGACAUUGAGGACUAUAUGAGGGAAUGGAGAGCAAAGAUUCAGGGAACCAUUAAACGUUUUCCCAUUGGUGACAGGCUUGGAGAGUGGCAAGCCAUGCUACAGAACAUGGUCUCUUCCUACCUGGUGCAUCAUGGGUAUUGUGCUACUGCCACAGCUUUUGCCCGUAUGACAGAAACUACAAUUCAGGAAGAACAGGCUUCCAUCAAGAACAGACAAAGAAUACAAAAGCUGAUGCUGGCAGGUCGAGUAGGAGAGGCCAUUGAGGCCACCCAACAGCUCUACCCUGGUCUCCUGGAACACAACCCCAACCUGCUCUUCAUGUUAAAGUGCCGGCAGUUUGUGGAGAUGGUGAAUGGAACAGACAGUGAGGUUCGAUGCUUCAGUGCUCGAAGUCCCAAAUCCCAAGAUAGUUACCCAGGGUCCCCCAGCCUCAGCCCUAGACAUGGACCCAGCAAUUCCCAUCUGCACAGUACUGGAGCAGAAAGCCCAAGCUGUAGCAACGGGGUCACAUCUACCAAAAGCAAACAGAGUCACAGUAAAUACCCAGCACUGAGCUCCUCAUCAUCAUCGUCAUCCUCCUCCUCCCCUUCGUCAGUCAACUACUCUGAGUCCAACUCCACAGACUCCACCAAAUCCCAGCAGCACAGUAGUACAAGUAAUCAAGAGACCAGUGACAGUGAGAUGGAGAUGGAAGCAGAACAUUAUCCCAAUGGAGUACUAGAGAACUCAUCUACCCGGAUCAUGAAUGGUGCCUACAAACAUGAAGAAAUCCUGCAGACAGAUGAAUCUAGUAUGGAAGACGGGCGUCCUCGGCGGCAGCUCUGUGGAGGCAACCAGGCUGCCACAGAGAGAAUUAUCUUGUUUGGCCGGGAGCUGCAGACCCUCAGUGAACAGCUAUGCCGAGAGUAUGGCAAGAACCUGGCACAUAAAGAGAUGUUGCAGGAUGCAUUCAGCUUAUUAGCAUACUCCGACCCAUGGAACUGCCCAGUUGGACAGCAGUUAGACCCUAUCCAGAGGGAGCCUGUGUGUGCAGCUCUCAAUAGUGCUAUUUUAGAAUCUCAAAACCUGCCAAAGCAGCCCCCAUUGAUGCUCGCCUUGGGCCAAGCAUCUGAGUGUCUUCGGCUUAUGGCCCGAGUUGGCCUGGGCUCCUGUUCAUUUGCCAGAGUUGAUGACUAUUUGCACUAGCCACCUGAGUAAGAGGGGAGCACCAUCCUACAGAGCUGCCCCAGCCUGGCCCCUGGCCUUUUCCAUGCUGUCCUUCCUCACCCUGGGCUAGCCCAAGGACUCAGGGCUCACCCUCUCAUUAUCAUCAUGGCCCCUUUGUCACAUUUCUGACUCAGAGACCUGGAAGCUGCUGGCAGAGUUAGCUCCUCCCUCCUCUUUCCUCUUCUGUCUUUCUCUGCCCUCUUUCUUCCCCUAUUCACUUUCUCCCAAUCUCUCCUUGACUCUUUCUUCCAUCAUGUGCAGCAACAGCAGGGACAAUACACCCAGUAUUUGGCUGGUGUUACCCUAACAGUAGCACCUUCCACUCUUAGGGGACAUUGCUGGAGGAGGCAGAGAGAGUUGGUUGCUUUUUAUUUUUUAAUCUAUAUUUUUUUCUGACUGAGCCACCAGUAUUUAUCUCUGGAGAGUUUGUGCUGAGCUGGUUUCUGCUAAUUUAGUGAUGAUAAAGCUCAUCCAAGUUGGUGAUAGCUUAUUAUUUUCUUAAGUAAAAAAAAUGAGAUUAUAUAUAAAUAUAUAUAUAUAAACAAAAACAGUAUUUAUCGUAGUGCUAGUUGUCUGGACACUUUGGGGAGAGGCAGUCCAGACUGUAUGUUUUUAGGGGGAGGGGGAGGUUCCACUCACUUAAAAAACCCAUCUUUGUCACCUCAACUUAGUUGUUAAUUUACUUCUACCAUGUUCCUAGCUGAACUUCCAAACCAUAAAGUCAGUUGAAGAAAACACAGUAGGAUCUUUGUUGUGUUGGAUGUGGCCAGAUUUAGAGAAGAAGAGAGCAGGACCCAGGAGAACAUAGUUGCUCACAAGAGUAUACAGUUUAGAGUUGGCCAGGGACUUUUCCAAUUUAUCUGCUCCAACACCCUCAUUUUACAGAUGAAGAAACAGGCUCUGAAAGAGAAUGAGACCUGCCCAGAGUCACCCAAUAAGUAGCAGAUCUUAGUCUAACCUGGUUCUUAUGAUUCUAAAAUCAAAACUUCCCUGUCUAUUCUGUGGUCAAUUCUCUGAAAAUGGCAGGGGAGGACACCCCUCUAGAGUGGGGCAGGAAUAGGUCAUGGGUUGAACUGGACACUGGGCCCUAGAGACAUCAGCUUUGAUUGUGGAAGGCCCCCCUUAUGAGGAUAUGUAGUUAUAAUAACCCUAUGGGUAGGGGCUGGACUGGAUACUUUGAAAAGUAGGUCAGACCUUUCUCUGAAAUAGGGAUCCAGGCCUCUGCAGGGCUCAGAGCUCUCUGGAGUACUGAUGUCCCCUUGCCAAGCCCAGGCUUCAAAGCAGUACUGAUUCGCAGAACAAUGACUGUUAUUCUGAAUUCCAUCUUUUCAAGGGGCAGCCACUAUCUUGGUUGGGUUGUUAGUUUGCUUUUUAACUUCUUUAAAGUUUAUUUUAAUGUCUUGAAUUUUUUUUUCAAUGGCCCUUCUUGGUAAAAUGAACCUGAGGAACUUGGCUAUUUUUGCAGGUCCAUCAUCACCUUGGUCUAUAAGGGAUGGGGUCACUCACUAAAUUCUGGUUGUCAUGUUCAGAAGGUUAGCACAGGGCCUUGAUUCUGCUGGAGAGGCCAACAGGAAGUAAGUAGUCCAGGGGAUUCCCACUUGCUCAGAUGACCUUAAGCUCUGAUUCAGAGCAUACUUGUAUGGGCUUCCUGGAAGCCAGAUUCAAUCACUCUGCCUCCUCAGGCAUAGAUGUUUGUUUUCAGGAUCUGUCCCUCCUCCCAUUCUUUGUAAUGCUUCUCUGAGCAGGUCUCUGUGGUCUGAGCCUGCUCCUGACAGAAUGAAAACAUCAUACCUCCUGUCUCACAGUUCUCUCCAAAAAAAUUGCUGGCAUGCAUUUGGGGUACUGUGCUUUCAGUCUUGUCCUCUUCCUGGCUUCUCUCUUUAGAACAGGGAAGGUCUUGGCUAUAGAAGAUCCUGUUCCCAUUUGUGCUGAAAUUUCUUCUCAUCUCUAACUCUGCUGUUGCCUUCUGGUAAACUCUGGUGACUUUUGAUCAAGGUCCUGGAGGAUCAGAUCAGUUGUCCUAGUAUAGAUGCAGAAGAGACCCAAAAAGUCUUCCAGUUCAUGGCCUCAAGGCAGCAGUAAGUAGUAGAGCCAAGAUUUUAAACUAGAUUCUUUGGUUCCUGACCUAUAUUCUUGUAUCUCACAUGGAUAAAAACAAAUGGUGUCAUGGAGUGGAAAGAGCACUGAAUUUGGAGUCAGAGGAGCUGAGUUCUAGACUGUUUAUCAACUGGGUAACUUUGGGCAAGUCAUCUAACUUCUCUAGGAGACAGUUUCUUCAUCUGUAAAAUGACAAAAUUUUACUAGAUCUCUAAGAUGCCUUCUAGAUCCAAAGUCUUUGAUCCUAUGAGAAUAUGAAUUGUGAUUUUUUUUUAAUUUAAUAGGGACAAGUAUGAAUGAGUAGGUAUCAUUAACUGGCAGAAAAAGAACAAUUCUCAUACCUUCUGGUUUGUAUAGCUAAAGCCUUCUAGAAAACAGGUAUCUGCAAAUCCUCACUUCUAAUACAAUCAUCUCAUCAUUUCUGAAAUGAAAACCAUCACAAGUUCAAAGUUGCCAAUUCUCAGAGCUAGGUUGCCCUGCUGAUUUCCUUCUGCUCUUCAGAGUCUUUGGAAUUUGUGGUAAGCAUCUUAAUUCCACAGUGGACUUGGGACUUCCUUUGGUUCCCUUUGCAGUCUUUACGAGGCAAUACUGAGUCAAGUGGGAAUCUGUUUUAAGCACUCUGAAGAUAGCAACAGAAACAUUUUUUAGAAACUGAUUGGUUAAGAUUCACCAGCUUGGUAUUUCCUAGGCUUGUCUCUUGCUUAUCACAAAUUCUGUCAAUUGAAAAUGCAGCUCCUGUUCUCUAAGCAGUAGGUUGGCAUGUGAACUCUGGAAGGAGAGGAAAACAGAGCAACUUGGAAGCCUUUCAGGAAGAUCAAUUCUAGCUUAUUGUUUUAGACCCAGAAACAGAUUUUUGGAGAUUUGCAACCAAUUAGUAUUCAUAGGAGCCCUGUCCUAAUUGGGAAAGAGUGAGGCACUUGGGACUCACUUGUGCUUUUGUUUCUUUAGGAUGAAGAAAAAACAGGUUAAGAGUGAUAUGGAGGUGAGAUUAGGAAAUCAGAAUGAAGGGGAUUGUCUAAAUGAAGCACUUGGAAGAGAUGAUCCUCAGGUUGUUAUUGAGGGCACAUUAAGAGGUAGAAAGUACAGAAAAUCCAGUCUGCUUCCUACUCUGUCCUUUUAGUCCCAGUAUUUCCUGCCCUAGGCUCAGCCCAAAGAGCCUAUGAGGAGUUUAGGAUGGUGUUGAGCAGAAAGAGCUUCUCCAGCUUAUAUAGGAAAAAGGGGAGUCCUUCAGAAGCUUACAUGUAGCCUGACACCUUGUAGUAGGUUUAGAAUACUAAGGAUCUAAUACAAUAUUCUUCAUGUAACAGGUAUUGGAUUUAAUUCCUAGAUACCUUAGAGAUCAUCUAAUUCAAUUCUUUAAUUUUACAGAUGAAGAAACUAAAUCAGUGAGAGAUGAUAUUUUUUUCUUAAUGAAUCAAUCUGAUAUAUAACCUAUUAUUCCAAGGACCUGACAGCAUCAAAGAUAUCUUGCACAGUCCCAGAGUCAAAGCCGUUUCUGGUUAUAUGUCUUGUAUCAGCUGUCACCAGAGCUGGCAUUGUAAUAAUUGAACUUGGUGUUCACUCUGGAGCUGCAAAGACAGAAAAGGAUGGGAUGUUCAUUUUAGCCCGAGAUAUUACUACCAUGGACAAAUUCAGGAACUCGUAAUCACUUCAGAGUGCCUCAGAGUCCUGCAAACUCAAACAAGCACCUAGUUUUCUUUUAGCCUCCUCCUCUGUUUCAAAUUUUACUAUUUCCAUAUCUACAGGCCUGAGAAGAAUGGUUCUUUCCAUACACUGCUCCACAUAAUCCUUCAUAGUUUCAUAGGUAACAAGCAUUGAGCCUCUGGCAUCCAUUCAAAUCUGUUCCAUUAGUUCUUUCCCAGGCAAAGAAAACAAAGUUGAGAACAAUCUGAGUAUGAAUAUUCCAACCCUUGAGCGGACUAUUUAUCCAUUCAAUUGCCCUGAACGAAGUCCAAAGAGGAGGUUUGAUAUAUCCUUCAACUCUGGUCCAUUAAUAGAUGUGAUGAAAGCAUGGAACCUCUUCUGGACUUGCUCAGCAUUUGCUCCAGUUUUUGUUGAUGAAGUACUCACAACAUCAGUGAGUGCAUGAUGUGACCUUGUAGAUUGAGGCAGCCUCUACAGCAUUAAAAUCAGGUUAAUUCCCUGCUAGGAUGCAAGUGUGUAGUGUGGACAUUGGGGUGGUGGUUAUAGGCAUCUUCUCUUUCAUUCAGAUACCAGCUUGUGUUGGGACCCCAGUGGGAAGAAAUCCUAUGUGCAGACCCCUAAAUACAAAGCAAAAGAAGAUUAAACUGGGAGUGUGAUCAUUGAAUCUUUGCCUCCAUACAUGAUCCAACAUUGCCUUUAUAUUACAAGAGAUGUCCUCCACCUUUCCUAUCCCAGGUUCAUCAAACUAGCAAUAGGUAGCUUGACAGUCUCUUGUUAGGGUGUUAGCCAGAGAGUGCUGAUUGGUCUCUGUUCUUUGGGUCAGUUUGGAGUUGGUUCCCCAAUAGAUGAUUUGAACAAAAUCAGUAGCAGAUUUGAGAUCUGAACCUUGGCCUCCUGACCCUUAUCUAGCAUUGUUUUCACUUGCCUUCACUUCCAGUUAGAGACACCUUCCUAAGUCUUUGUUCAUCUGUAUUUGGGAGGAAGAAAAAAACUCAGAAUGCAGGCUAUGGUGGCCAAUGCUUAGUGGUUUAGGAACUGAGCACCCCAAAGAAAUAUGUCAUUAAUAUAGAAUGGGGGGGGGGGACGAGAAACUGCCACUUCUCUCAGUUUUCCCUCAAAGGAUCAUCUGUCAUAGUAUGAGUUGUUUCCUCUUUGUCUAAGGAAAACCUCAGAAGACCAGAAUACUUCUAGAAACACCUAGGAGUGCUCUUCCAGAGCAGAUGAAGAGAAAUCCAAACCUAAAGCUUGGUCAAAAUUUGUUUUAACCUUUUCCCUCCCCCUUUUAAAGAGUAAGAAAGAUAGAGCAAGGGGAAGAAGAAAGGAGAAUUCAUUUUUGUAAGUGCCUUGAUGUCUAAAAUGAGCAUCAGGGAGGCCAGACCAUGCUACCUCCUCCUCCAAGGGACUUCUCUAUGCCUACAUGCAUUUUUUGGUAGAAAUUACUUUCCUUCUUGAAAGUCAUUAGCAUCUGACUUCCAGUGCCCAAGAGUUGAGGACACUGAGCUGCUUUUUGAGUUAGGCACCAUCCGAGUUUAGGAAUUAGAAUUAGAAAGGGCCUUAGAGAUCAUCUUGAGCCAACCCUUUCAUAUGAAGAUUUUUGAAACCCAAGGACAUAUGGCAUGUAAAAAGCAAAUGCAGGUGAACUAGAAUAUAGGCCGACUUCUAGGCCAGUGCCCUUUCUACUAUGCCUUGACACCUUAGUUGGGAAGUAUCACAAAAACACUUACUGGCUAGAAGGCGAAAGGCUUCAAGAAGAAGGCCCCAUGCCCCAGAGGUGUCAUAAGAUGCCAAUUUGGGCAGAUUCUUGUGGAUUCGGGUGAAUGAUUGGGGUUGGACAGUUGUUGGGAAAGGGUUGAUGUCAGUAAAACUCCCAGAGAGUCAGCAGAACAGACAUGCUGAGAGGGAGAAGGGGAUCCUUUCCCAUUGGCCACUCCCUAGACAAGGUUUCCUCUUUGUUUUCUGUGCCUUAUCUCAAUAUUUCAGCUGACUCCAAGUUGUUUACAUUUCUUAUCCUUCCCCAUGGAGAGGGCCUUUCAGUCCCGAGUGGACAAUGUAGACCUAGGGACAAGGUAGCAGGUCAUUGGUCUUCCUGAAAUCUGGGGAUAACCAGCUCCAAGGUUUGUGGACCUCCCUCCCUCAGGAGGCAUUGAUAUCUCUGACCAUCUCUAGGGCACUCUCAAGUUGCAGGAGGCCACAAGGCUCUUGAAUCUUAGGUUGAAUCAGGUUUCCUUUUGAGUCCUCAUAGGGCUGCUUCCUUCUAAGAAAGUCAGCUAAGAGGCAGGCCCCUUCAUUCUUUAUAGGCUCUCCUCACCUUAUCUGUAUUACUGACAAGGGCUGUCACAUCAACUAGAGGUAUGGUCAAGAAGGGUUUUUUUAGGAGAGGCAUGAGGCAUCCCUGUUACUUGGCAAUUGGGUGCUCUCUGGGACAGCCAUCAACCGAGAGACGCUUUCUCUGACCUUGUGAUGCCAUUACCUAGGGGAAAUAAACAUCUAGGCAGAUUCACAGAAACCAGCUCACAGGCCCAGACUCUCCCUAACUUCUGCAGAAGGUCCUUUUGGUCCUAGCUCACUGGGACUCCCAGGGAUGUGGCCAGAGGUUCUGAGUUUGGAGUAGUAUAAAGAUAGGAAGCAGGGAGUGAUUUUUCCAUAAUAGCAGGAAGUGAACCUGGGGGCAUUCCCUUUAGUCCAUCCUCUCCUCUAGAAGCUCUGGUUUUCCCUCUGUGGGUAGGGGAAGGGAAUUCAAGAGCCCUCUAUCCAUUGUACCUCCAACCAUGCCCAUUGGUCCCUAGUGGGCUUAACCUUCAGAUUCUCCAAUGGAUGGGUGUUUUUGGUUGUAUGUGCUGUUCUGAGGACAGGUAAUCCCUCUGGCUCCUCCCUUGGCGAUAGAGGAGCAGAGUCUGCUGAUCUUGGAACAUUGAUACUCCUGGAUCAGGCACAGAAUAAGACAAGACAGAGAAACCAUUUAAAUGGAGUUUUCUUUUGGACACUCAAAACUCAGGUAUGAAAAGCUACAUCUCAGCAUGAAGCCAGAGAAACAUGUGGACUUCGCCAGCAACAUCAGCAGAAUAGCCUACCAGCCCCUGGCCGCUCCUCAUUGACACAGAGAUGGUGACUCUGACUCUCAGCUUUCUAGGCCUCCUCCUCAUUAAAAAGAGUAUUUCCUCUUUGUGAAUAAUUCAACAAAAUGGACAUUAUCAGAGUUGUGCACACUGGGUCUGCCUCUGCUUUGUAUUUGUGAGUUGAGUUACCUGGCACUAGCAUGAAGCCUUGAAAAGGGUGGGAGGAGGGAGGGGGGGACAUUUUAACUAAGGAAAAAAAAUUAUUCAAAUGUACUCAAGAUAUGAUAAAGAUGAAACUUUCUGUUGUAUUUUGACAGAAUUAUUUUUAUUAAAAUAUACAUCCAUGUAUAA